GUUCAAGUGGAGCGCUCCUAACCGACGGGCGUCUGUGGAGGGGCGGCUUGGUCUGGGGUCGUCUCGUGGGUCCUGCCGGUUUGGUCGCUUUCGGGGUUCUCGAGCCCCUUCCCGACCGUCACCAUGGAAGUGUCACCAUUGCAGCCUGUAAAUGAGAAUAUGCAAGUCAACAAAAUAAAGAAAAAUGAAGAUGCUAAGAAAAGACUGUCUGUUGAAAGAAUCUAUCAAAAGAAAACACAAUUGGAGCAUAUUUUGCUCCGCCCGGACACUUAUAUUGGCUCUGUGGAAUUAGUGACCCAGCAAAUGUGGGUUUACGAUGAAGAUGUUGGCAUUAACUAUAGGGAAGUCACUUUUGUUCCUGGUUUGUACAAAAUCUUUGAUGAGAUUCUAGUUAAUGCUGCGGACAACAAACAAAGGGACCCAAAAAUGUCUUGUAUUAGAGUCACAAUCGAUCCGGAAAACAAUUUAAUUAGUAUAUGGAAUAAUGGAAAAGGUAUUCCUGUUGUUGAACACAAAGUUGAAAAGAUGUAUGUCCCAGCUCUCAUAUUUGGACAGCUCCUAACUUCUAGUAACUAUGAUGAUGAUGAAAAGAAAGUGACAGGUGGUCGAAAUGGCUAUGGAGCCAAAUUGUGUAACAUAUUCAGUACCAAAUUUACUGUGGAAACAGCCUGUAGAGAAUACAAGAAAAUGUUCAAACAGACAUGGAUGGAUAAUAUGGGGAGAGCUGGUGAGAUGGAACUCAAGCCCUUUAAUGGAGAAGAUUAUACAUGUAUCACCUUUCAGCCUGAUUUGUCUAAGUUUAAAAUGCAAAGCCUAGACAAAGAUAUUGUUGCACUAAUGGUCAGAAGAGCAUAUGAUAUUGCUGGAUCCACCAAAGAUGUCAAAGUCUUUCUUAAUGGAAAUAAACUGCCAGUAAAAGGAUUUCGUAGUUAUGUGGACAUGUAUUUGAAGGACAAGUUGGAUGAAACUGGUAACCCACUGAAAGUAGUACAUGAACAAGUAAAUCACAGGUGGGAAGUGUGUUUAACAAUGAGUGAAAAAGGUUUUCAGCAAAUUAGCUUUGUCAACAGCAUUGCUACUUCCAAGGGUGGCAGACAUGUUGAUUAUGUAGCUGAUCAGAUUGUGACUAAACUUGUUGAUGUAGUGAAGAAGAAGAACAAGGGUGGUGUUGCAGUAAAAGCACAUCAGGUGAAAAAUCACAUGUGGAUAUUUGUAAAUGCCUUAAUUGAAAACCCAACCUUUGACUCUCAGACAAAAGAAAAUAUGACUUUACAGCCAAAGAGCUUUGGAUCAACAUGCCAUUUAAGUGAAAAAUUUAUCAAAGCUGCAAUUGGCUGUGGUAUUGUAGAAAGCAUACUAAACUGGGUGAAGUUUAAGGCCCAAGUCCAGUUAAACAAGAAAUGUUCAGCUGUAAAACAUAACAGAAUCAAGGGAAUUCCCAAACUUGAUGAUGCCAAUGAUGCAGGUUUGGUCCCUCAGGAUUACUUGUAUGGACAGACUACCACGUAUCUGACAUAUAAUGACUUCAUCAACAAGGAACUUAUCCUGUUCUCAAAUUCUGAUAAUGAGAGAUCUAUCCCUUCUAUGGUGGAUGGUUUGAAACCAGGUCAGAGAAAGGUUUUGUUUACUUGCUUCAAACGGAAUGACAAGCGAGAAGUAAAGGUUGCCCAAUUAGCUGGAUCAGUCGCUGAAAUGUCUUCUUAUCAUCAUGGUGAGAUGUCACUAAUGAUGACCAUUAUCAAUUUGGCUCAGAAUUUUGUGGGCAGCAAUAAUCUGAACCUCUUGCAGCCCAUUGGUCAGUUUGGUACCAGGCUACAUGGUGGCAAGGAUUCUGCUAGUCCACGAUAUAUCUUCACAAUGCUCAGCUCUUUGACUCGGUUGUUAUUUCCACCAAAAGAUGAUCACACAUUGAAGUUUUUAUAUGAUGACAACCAGCGUGUUGAGCCUGAAUGGUACAUUCCUAUUAUUCCCAUGGUGCUAAUAAAUGGUGCUGAAGGAAUCGGUACUGGGUGGUCCUGCAAAAUCCCCAACUUUGAUGUUCGUGAAGUUGUAAAUAACAUCAGGCGUUUGAUGGAUGGAGAAGAACCUUUGCCAAUGCUUCCAAGUUACAAGAACUUCAAGGGUACUAUUGAAGAACUGGCUCCAAAUCAAUAUGUGAUUAGUGGUGAAGUGGCUAUUCUUAAUUCCACAACCAUUGAAAUCUCAGAGCUUCCCGUCAGAACAUGGACCCAGACAUACAAAGAACAAGUUCUAGAGCCUAUGUUGAAUGGCACUGAGAAGACACCUCCUCUCAUAACCGACUAUAGGGAAUACCAUACAGAUACCACUGUGAAAUUUGUUGUGAAGAUGACCGAAGAAAAACUGGCAGAGGCAGAGAGAGUUGGGCUACACAAAGUCUUCAAACUCCAAACUAGUCUCACAUGCAACUCUAUGGUGCUUUUUGACCACGUAGGCUGUUUAAAGAAAUAUGACACGGUGUUGGAUAUUCUAAGAGACUUCUUUGAACUCAGACUUAAAUAUUACGGAUUAAGAAAAGAAUGGCUCCUAGGAAUGCUUGGUGCUGAGUCUGCCAAACUGAAUAAUCAGGCUCGCUUUAUCUUAGAGAAAAUAGAUGGCAAAAUAAUCAUUGAAAAUAAGCCUAAGAAAGAAUUAAUUAAAGUUCUGAUUCAGAGGGGAUAUGAUUCAGAUCCUGUGAAGGCUUGGAAAGAAGCCCAGCAAAAGGUUCCAGAUGAAGAAGAAAAUGAAGAGAGUGACAACGAAAAGGAAAGUGAAAAGAGUGACUCCGUAACAGAUUCUGGACCAACCUUCAACUAUCUUCUUGAUAUGCCCCUUUGGUAUCUAACCAAGGAAAAGAAAGAUGAACUGUGCAGACUAAGAAAUGAAAAAGAACAAGAGCUGGACACAUUGAAGAGAAAGAGUCCAUCAGAUUUGUGGAAAGAAGACUUGGCUGCAUUUAUUGAAGAACUGGAGGCUGUUGAAGCCAAGGAAAAACAAGAUGAGCAAGUUGGACUUCCUGGGAAAGGAGGGAAAGCAAAGGGGAAAAAAGCACAAAUGGCUGAAGUUUUGCCUUCUCCAUCUGGUCAAAGAGUCAUUCCACGAAUAACUAUAGAAAUGAAAGCAGAUGCAGAAAAGAAAAGUAAAAAGAAAAUUAAGAAUGAAAAUACUGAAGGAAGCCCUCAAGAAGAUGGUAUGGAAUUAGAAGGCCUAAAACAAAGAUUAGAAAAGAAACAGAAAAGAGAACCAGGUACAAAGACAAAGAAACAAACUACAUUGCCAUUUAAGCCAAUCAAAAAAGGAAAGAAGAGAAAUCCCUGGUCUGAUUCAGAAUCAGACAGGAGUAGUGACGAAAGUAAUUUUGAUGUCCCUCCACGAGAAACAGAGCCACGGAGAGCAGCAACAAAAACCAAAUUCACAGUGGAUUUGGAUUCAGAUGAAGAUUUCUCCGAUUUUGAUGAAAAAACUCAGGAUGAAGAUUUUGUCCCAUCAGAUGCUAGUCCACCUAAAACCAAAACUUCCCCAAAACUUAAUAACAAAGAACCGAAACCACAGAAAAGUGCCACGUCAGACCUUGAAGGUGAUGAUGCUAAGGAUAGCGUACCACUGUCUUCAAGCCCUCCUGCUACACAUUUCCCAGAUGAAACUGAAAUUACAAACCCAGUUCCUAAAAAGAAUGUGACAGUGAAGAAGACAGCAGCAAAAAGUCAGUCUUCCACCACCACUACUGGUGCCAAAAAAAGAGCUGCCCCAAAAGGAACUAAAAAGGAUCCAGCCUUGAAUUCUGGUGUCUCUCAAAAGCCUGAUCCUGUGAAAACCAAGAAUCGCCGCAAAAGGAAGCCAUCCACUUCUGAUGAUUCUGACUCUAAUUUUGAGAAAAUUGUUUCUAAAGCAGUCACAAGCAAGAAAUCCAAGGGGGAGAGUGAUGACUUCCAUAUGGAUUUUGAUUCAGCUCCGGCUCCUCGGGCAAAAUCUGGACGGGCAAAGAAACCUAUAACAUACCUGGAAGAGUCAGAUGAAGAUGAUCUGUUUUAAAAUGUGAGGCAAUUAUUUUAAGUAGUUAUCUUAUUGAGCCCAAGACUGGUUUUAAAGUUACCUGAAGCUGUUAACUUUCUCCCCUCUGAAUUUAGCUUGGGGAAGGUGU